UUGCAAACACUUCUCCAUAGCCAGCUUGAGUUUCUUGCAGCCAAGGUGUUCGACAACAUGGAGCUCAACUUUGCGUCGUCGGUGUCGCUCGGGUUGGUCGUCCUCUCUGCUGUGUAUGUGUUGGUGGCGUUGAGGAGGAGCCGGUCGUCGUCGAAGCCACGGCGGCUGCCGCCGUCGCCGCCGGGGUGGCCGGUGAUCGGGCACCUCCACCUCAUGUCCGGGAUGCCGCACCACGCGCUGGCCGAGCUGGCGCGCACCAUGCGCGCGCCGCUGUUCCGGAUGCGGCUCGGGAGCGUGCCGGCGGUGGUGAUCUCCAAGCCGGACCUGGCCCGCGCCGCGCUCACCAGCAACGACGCCGCGCUGGCGUCGCGGCCGCACCUGCUGUCGGGGCAGUUCCUGUCGUUCGGCUGCUCCGACGUGACGUUCGCGCCGGCGGGGCCGUACCACCGGAUGGCGCGGAGGGUGGUGGUGUCGGAGCUGCUGUCGGCGCGCCGCGUCGCGACGUACGGCGCAGUCAGGGUCAAGGAGCUCCGCCGACUGCUCGCGCACCUCACCAAGAACACCUCGCCGGCGACGCCCGUCGACCUCAGCGAGUGCUUCCUCAACCUCUCCAACGACGUGCUCUGCCGCGUCGCGUUCGGCCGCAGGUUCCCUCACGGAGAGGGCGACAAGCUCGGCGCGGUGCUCGCCGAGGCGCAGGACCUCUUCGCCGGGUUCACCAUCGGCGACUUCUUCCCGGAGCUUGAGCCCGUCGCAAGCACCGUCACCGGGCUCCGCCGCCGCCUCAAGAAGUGCCUCGCAGACCUCCGCGCGGUGUGCGACGAGAUCGUCGACGAGCACAUCAGUGGCAACCGCCAGCGCAUCCCCGGCGACCGUGACGAGGACUUCGUCGACGUGCUCCUCCGUGUCCAGAAGUCCCCCGACCUCGAGGUCCCCCUCACCGACGACAACCUCAAGGCCCUCGUCCUGGACAUGUUCGUCGCUGGCACCGACACAACAUUCGCGACGCUGGAGUGGGUAAUGACGGAGCUGGUCCGCCACCCCCGGAUCCUCAAGAAGGCUCAGGAGGAGGUCCGGCGAGUCGUCGGCGACAAGGGCCGCGUGGAGGAGUCCGACCUCGGGGAGCUGCACUACAUGCGCGCCAUCAUCAAGGAGACGUUCCGGCUGCACCCGGCGGUGCCGCUCCUGGUGCCGCGCGAGUCCGUCGCGCCGUGCACGCUCGGCGGCUACGACAUCCCGGCCAAGACCCGGGUCUUCAUCAACACCUUCGCCAUGGGCCGCGACCCGGAGAUCUGGGACAGCCCGCUCGAGUACUCGCCGGAGCGGUUCGAGAACGCCGGCGGCGAGAUCGACCUCAAGGACCCCGACUACAAGCUGCUGCCGUUCGGCGGCGGGCGGCGAGGGUGCCCCGGCUACACGUUCGCGCUCGCCACCGUGCAGGUCUCGCUCGCCAGCUUGCUGUACCACUUCGAGUGGGCGCUGCCGGACGGCGUGCGCGCCGAGGACGUCAACCUCGACGAGACGUUCGGGCUCGCCACGAGGAAGAAGGAGCCGCUGUUCGUCGCCGUCCGGAAGAACGACGCCUACGAGUUCAAGGGGGAGGAGCUGAACGAGAUUUAAAUUAAUUAGUCAUAUAUUAUUUUAUUUUAUUCUUUCCUCGGGCAAGUAACAAUGGUCAAAAUUUUGUUGUUGUGGCAAUCAGUGAUUAGUAAUCGCUGUCGCAAUAAUAAAGGGAGAAGAAAGUGUGUUUCAUUGUAAGAGUACAUGAAGGUACAUAAUUAAUGAAUAAAAAUUAGGU